CAAAGCUCCAACCAUGGCGGCCGCUGCUGCAGCAACUGUUGGAGCACGGCGUGGCAGGGCGCGAGGACAAGUCAUUCUGGUGGAAGCCGAGCUACAAAGGAAAGCGGCGGAGAACCAGAUGAAGAGACAACAGAAUGAAUUGGCGCAGUCAAUUCUGGAGAAGUACGAUGCUGACCACAACGGCAUUUUGAGUCCCACAGAACUCAAGAAGAUGCUGGCCGACUACUCCAAGCAUCGCUUCGACGAAGAAGUUCAACCUACCGAAGAGGACCUGGUUUUUCUUUUCCGUCUUUUUGACAAGAGAGGAGGCAAAGAUGGAAAAAGAGAUGGAAACAUCGACCGUAGCGAGCUCAUGAGUCUUCUCAGAGCGUGGGGAGAUUUCAUGAAGCAAAAGGAGGUAGUCCAAGGGUUGGUAAAAACUUUUGACAAAGACGAGAACAACGCCAUCGACAUGGACGAACUGCAGGAUCUCCUGGAAGCGACCCACAAGGGCCCCGUGAAACGAGAGGUGACGGAGUGGGUCAUGCGUGAGUCCGACCUCAGCGGCAACGGCCUCUUGAAUGACCUGGAGCUGGCGCGCGCCUUGCUGGCCUUUGAGCUGCUCUGCAAGGGUGAGCCGCACAUCCGAAAGGAUCUGUCCGAAGGCGUUGUGGUGGACAAGGACCUGGAGCCUCCGAAGAAGAAGACAACAAUCUGUGCGGUGCAGUAAGCCGUUGCUUGAUCCUCACAUGGC